AUGACAACCACCAAGGGAACAACGAUCCAGGAAAACAGAACAAUGAGCUACACGGCAUCACAGACCCUCCAAGGCGAUUGGAGCAGCUCCGUCGCGGGGAGACUCGCCGGAGACUUGACGGCUGCAGCAGUUUCGGCCUCACUGAUCGCGCCGACGGUGACUAUCAUUGAUCGAGCCCUGGUCGAACGCGCCUCGUCUGAUAGACCUCUACUCCAAAGCCUUCGUACUCACACGAUUGCUGCUCUGAAACGACCGGGCGCAUUUGUUUUCUCCCGCCCAUAUGGUCUGAUGUGGACUUUAUAUGGAGCUACUUAUGCGGUCGCUAAUGGAACAGAAACGAUCACAAAAGAGAUUUGCCCAGCCAGAGUUGACCCGAUUACAUUUGCAACGACGUUCAUCGUCAAUGUCCCUCUUGGUGUCUGGAAGGAUAUCCGAUUUGCCGCAAAGGAUGCUCUGAAGGUGUCUAGCAAGAUCGCCUCCAAGGCCGCUACGGCGACCUUCCUUCUCCGCGAUGGAGUCACAAUUUUUGGUUCCUUCACUCUGGCCUCGUGGUGCUCGUCAAUGAUCCCCGAUAGUCUCGCCUCCCAGCCGAGUUCAAAGAUGGUUAUCACCCAGAUCCUGGUGCCCGUCUUGUCGCAAUUGGUGGCUACUCCGUUACAUCUCCUCGGUCUCGAUCUGUACAAUCGCCAGUCGGGGGUCUUAUGGGCGGAUCGAGUCGCUACUAUUCGGAAACAUCUACCGUCUGCGACAGUCAUUCGCUGUGUUCGGAUUAUACCAGCCUUUGGAUUUGGUUGUCUAACCAAUAUUGGCUUACGAGAGUUCUUUCAUGAACAGUGUGAUUGA